UCCAAAUAUAGCCUUAAACCCCCCGUCCGCUUGAAACUAGGGCUUUUCAAUUCGAACCCGGGGGCCGUCGGCAACCUCUCGCAAUCGAUCAGACAAUGCAGAGAAACGACGGAAUCCGUUUCACUUCCUCUCCUCUCAGAAUCCCUCUCCAACCAGUCCGGAAGCACCACCCAAUACCGCUUUUCUCCAACCUGCAAUUCACGCCUCAAACCCUACUUUCUUCAACUAUUGCCCGGGCCAAGUCCGCAAUCGAUCAAUUCGUCGGCAACUUGCACCCCAAAAGAAGAACCACUCUAAUUCACUCCAAAUGCUCGCUACUGUGCUCCGCCUCGCUGGCUCUGGCCCGUCCCGAUGAUCUAUCCGCUCCGGCCGCGUCCGAGACCGUGGUGGCUCAGCCAAAGGGCAGCCACUCGGCGACGGGGCGGCACGAGGAGGAAAGGGUGUUGAUCAGUGAGGUAUGGGUGAGGAACAAGGAUGGCGAGGAGCUGGAGCGGAAGGACCUCGAGAACGAGGCCCUUGCUGCGCUCAAGGCGUGCCGCCCCAACUCCGCGCUUACAGUUCGGGAGGUCCAAGAGGAUGUUCAUAGGAUUAUAAGCAGUGGCUACUUCUGUUCUUGCAUGCCUGUGGCCGUCGAUACGCGGGAUGGAAUUCGGUUGCUAUUUCAGGUAGAACCAAACCAAGAUUUUCAAGGGUUGGUGUGUGAAGGGGCAAAUGUUCUUCCAACGAAGUUUAUAGAGGAUUCUUUUCGCGAUGGAUAUGGAAAAAUUGUCAAUAUUAGGCGUUUAGAUGAGGUAAUAGACUCCAUCAAUGACUGGUACAUGGAGAGGGGCCUUUUUGGCAUGGUUUCUGGUGUUGAGAUUCUUUCUGGGGGUAUUAUCAGGUUACAAGUUUCUGAAGCUGAGGUCAACAACAUCUCCAUACGCUUCCUUGACAGGAAGACAGGCGAGCCUACUGUGGGGAAGACAAAGCCUGAAACAAUACUUCGGCAACUUACUACCAAGAAGGGGCAGGUUUACAGCAUGCUUCAAGGGAAAAGGGAUGUCGAUACUGUGUUAACAAUGGGUAUCAUGGAAGAUGUUAGUAUUGUUCCACAGCCUGCUGGAGAUACUGGUAAGGUUGAUUUGACAAUGAAUGUUGUCGAGCGUGUAAGUGGAGGCUUCUCUGCUGGUGGGGGGAUUUCAAGUGGGAUAACAAGUGGCCCUCUAUCAGGACUAAUCGGAAGCUUUGCAUAUUCACAUAGAAAUGUUUUUGGGAGAAACCAAAAACUCAAUGUGUCAUUAGAGAGAGGUCAAAUUGACUCAAUAUUCCGCAUAAACUACACAGACCCAUGGAUUGAAGGAGAUGAUAAACGAACAUCAAGAUCAGUCAUGAUUCAGAAUUCAAGGAUGCCAGGCACACUUGUUCAUGGAAACCAACCUGACAAUAGUAGCCUGACCAUAAGCCGGGUAACAGCAGGCAUUGAGUUCAGCCGCCCAUUCAGACCAAAGUGGAGUGGAACAGCAGGACUUAUUUUCCAGCAUGCUGGAGCUCGUGAUGAUAAAGGUAACCCCAUUAUUAAGGACUUCUUCAGUAGCCCUCUUACUUCAAGUGGCAAUACUCAUGAUGAUACAUUGCUUGCUAAAUUUGAGUGUGUUUACACUGGUUCUGGUGACCCUGGGUCCUCAAUGUUUGUGUUCAACAUGGAGCAAGGACUUCCUGUGUUGCCUGAAUGGUUAUUUUUUAACCGAGUGAAUGCUCGUGCAAGGAAGGGUUUAGAUAUUGGUCCUGCUCGCUUUCUUUUGAGUGUAUCUGGAGGCCAUGUGGUUGGCAAUUUCUCCCCACACGAGGCAUUUGCGAUUGGAGGGACUAACAGUGUGAGAGGUUAUGAAGAAGGUGCAGUUGGGUCAGGGCGGUCUUAUGCCGUUGGCUCUGGAGAAAUCGCAUUUCCACUAUUGGGACCCCUAGAAGGGGCUAUUUUUGCUGAUUAUGGAACCGAUCUUGGCUCAGGACCUACUGUGCCUGGCGAUCCAGCCGGGGCGAGACUAAAGCCCGGAAGCGGUUACGGGUACGGAGUUGGGAUACGCGUGGACUCGCCGUUGGGGCCGCUGCGACUAGAAUACGCCUUCAACGACAGAAAAACAGGGAGGUUUCACUUUGGGGUGGGUCUCCGGAAUUAAGAGUUGCUCAGGGGCCAUGGUCCUUGACUUGUGCUGUUGAUGCUAUAUCUUUGUUUCAUUUUACGCUGUCAAUUUUGGUUGCUUAACACUUGUUUGAUUGAUUUUGCUGUCAGGUUCAUCAUGUAUUUCUUAUUACUCUCCCUUUUCUAUUUCUUUCCUUUUUGUAAAAAAUUAGAAAGUACAUUUUUAUCUUAUAAUGUUGAGUUCAAA